UCUGAAACUCCACUGGCUCCUUCCCUGCUAACUCCUCACUUCAUAGUGCUGCGUACUAAAAACAUCGGACGCUAGGGGAUCAAGACGCAUGCCACAUUGCCUCUAUGUGGGCACUUUAACAGAUCUUUCGGGGGGUUUUUUUCCCAGUAAGGGGGCUGUGGAGGGAGGACUUUUUAUUUUCAUUGUCUGAUGACUGUUUGCACGGCUGGUUAUUGAGUUGAUUGUUUAUUAUUUUGGCUGUUGUUGCCCACCGCCCUGCGCGUUUUUUUUUCCUCCCUUUUUGGAAUCGGCGACCUAAAGCCGCGCUCACCAAUGUCCUAUCCUCAGGGUUACCUCUACCAGCCCCCGGGCUCUCUGGCUCUUUAUUCGUGUCCGGCUUACGGGGCCUCGGCUCUGGCUGCCCCGCGGAAUGAAGACUUGGCGAGGUCGUCCUCUGGCUCAGCCUUCAGCCCUUACCCUGGAUCGGCUGCUUUCUCCGCCUCGGCCGGUGCAGGCUUCUCCAGUCCACUGUCAUACUCCACGGAUCCAACCACGGGAUUCCCAUCCUACAUGAGCUCUCCAUAUGACGCACACACGACGGGCAUGGCGGGGGCAUUAAGUUACCACCCAUACGGGAGUCCUGGGUACCCCUACCAACUCAACGACCCGGCUUACCGCAAAAACGCCACAAGGGACGCCACGGCCACCCUGAAGGCCUGGCUGCAGGAGCACAGGAAGAACCCGUACCCGACGAAAGGGGAAAAGAUCAUGCUGGCUAUUAUCACCAAGAUGACCCUGACGCAGGUCUCUACGUGGUUCGCCAACGCCAGGAGGAGGCUCAAGAAGGAGAACAAGAUGACCUGGGCGCCCAGGAAUAAGAGCGAGGACGAGGACGAGGAGGACGGGGACGGAGAGAGGAAAGAGGUGGAGCGCUCUGAGAAGACCCUGGAUAACAGCGAGGCUUCAGCAGAGGAUGAAGGUAUCAGCCUCCACGUCGACACUCUGACGGACCACUCCUGCUCCGCAGAGUCUGACGGGGAGAAGGUCUGCUGUCGUGUGGGCGAGCUGGGCUCCGACCGAGCCGGCGACAAAUGCGACGAGGACGGCGACGACGACGACCAGAACCUCGACCCGCGGGUUCAGCUCUCGCCCAAACCCGUCACAUCGUCGCCUCUAACGGGAGUAGAAGCGCCAGUCCUCAGUCAUCACCAACAACAACAACAACAACAACACCAUCAUAACCACCACCACCACCACCUCCAUCAUCUCCACCAUCUCCACAGCCAGCGCGAGGAUUUGGCCCGGAGCCUCGUCAAUAGCAACAAUAUUAACACCAAUAAGUCGUCUUCAUGCCUAGAUAGCAGGCCCUCGUCGGGGGCGCCUCAGACCCCGACAGCUAAACCCAAAUUGUGGUCGCUGGCGGAGAUUGCUACCUCGGACCAAAAGCAGCAACAUCAGCAACAGCAACUGGGGCAGCCCGGGCAACCAAAUUGCCCCUCCUCCAGCGGUGGCCUCCUCACUCCCCCCACCACCUCCCCGGCUGCCAGUUCCCCCUCCCUCUACCCGGCCCCCUCCAUCCUUGGAAGACCUAUUUAUUACACUUCUCCCUUUUAUAGCAAUUACACAAACUAUGGCAACUUCAGCCCCCUGCAGGGCCAAGGGAUCCUGCGGUAUACUAAUUCAUCCGGAGUGAGUCUGGCUGCUGCCGCCGCCGCCGCCGCCGCCGCCGCCGCCGCUGCUGCAGCAAGCGAGGGUCUGAGCUCCUCUCACCAGGCUCUGGAGGCGAGCACAAACCCCAAACACAGGCCAGACUCCCCCCUCGUUAAAAAUAACCCAAACCAGAUUGUUGUUGUCGAGCACCAGCAGCAACAACAGCAUUUCAGAUCCGCAAAUUUAGAAGCAAAGAAAGGUACGUAAUAACAUGACUCGGUACAUUGUUACAAAAAACAAAACAAAAAAAAAAAAAAAAAAAAAAAACGAUCACCAUGUUGAAAACUUAUUUAAUCUAGUGUUGAAUCUUGGGAUUGUAUUUUUCUUAAACAGGGGAAAUCUCACCGCGGUGGAAGUGAAAUGAAUGAGUUCACUUAUUUCCAAUGCAAAUCAACUGGUUUUUCUUUGUGUCACUUCCAUAUGUCAUUGUAGUGGCACCAUGGGGAUGAUUGGCCUGUUUCUGCUUUGCCCCAAAGAAAAUUAAACCAGUGUUGUAUGAGAAACACGUGGCCUCUUCUGACACCACUGGCAGAUUUUCACUUGUUUUAAGAUAAAUAUGAUUUUAGGACUGAAUAUAAGAGUAAAUGACUUAUUAAGAUGGACAUUUCUGCAGCGCCGUUUAAGCGAAUGAACGUGUACUGUGGCCUAUAAUUCGCCUUCAUUGCAGUUAAUUUUCUGGAAAAAUCUAUUUAUAAUUGUCCUCCAUUUUUUUUUUAAAUCAUAUGCAUUUUUUGGUCUUUCUGAAUCCCAUAGAAUCAUUAACAAGGAGGCCACGAGCUUUGCAACAAGCUGGCAUUAGAAACCAGUGGGGAUAUAAUAAGAAAAGCAGCAUUGCAAACAAAUGUGCAAGAGGACACCUACAGAUAUAGACAUUAAAAUAAGCCCAUGAAGGACAGGGCCUCAAAUCGGCCACGUGCACAGGCAUGCGCGUGCACUCACACUAUAGAGGCAGCCUGUGAAUCCACUGAGCAGAGAAAUGUUGCCAUAGCUUUGAGCAGGAAUCCUAUUUUUAAUGUUUCCUCUGAUGUGUGUGUGCGUGUGUGUAUGUGUGUGUGUGUGUGUGUGUGUGUGUGUGUGUGUGUGUGUGUGUGUGUGCGCACAGUCGGCCCCCAAACCUUAUCUUUCAGCUUAGGAUAAUUAUAAUUACACUGGGUCAGCCAAAAGCAAACAAAUCAGUUAGCCUGCUCUGCGCAUUCAUGGUGCAACUUUACAUCUUCAAAUGUCACUUAUGGGUGAUGGUGGUGGUGGUUACUCUGCUUGCACACAUUCAAAGCUUUGCCUGCACGCCGCUGGAUCAGACGUGUUCCUGGCAAUUAGGUAGUGGGGAUUUUUUUUUUUUUAAUAAGCACUUGUAGUAAUCGAGUUGUUUUUUGUUUUUUUUUUGGUUCAAACUUAGUGUUUUCAGCAGAGUUGGGAUUUUGUUUUUAUUUCCAUGGUCUGCAGGUAGGUGUCACAAUUGCUUUGACUAUAAAGCCAGAAAUGACACCACCUUUUAGCCUCAUGUUUUAACCCCCAUAACCUUUAACUCCAAAACCGGAUCUAGUGCCACCAUAUAGUCGGAGUGAUCGCUGCUAUACCGCCUCCUCAGGCUCCACACAGGCUGAGCCACUCUAUAGCACACACACACACGCACACGCACACGCACACAACGCACACACACACACACGUUUGUCACAUUGUUAUUGUAUUAUUUCAGCUGUUUUGUUUUCAUGCAAUAAUUUCAUAUGCUGGUUUGAAAAAAAAAAAGAUCUCCCAUUAUAUGUGAUUUACAUGUUAUUUCUCAGGUUCCUAUAGUUUGCUUAUUUGCCACGGUAUAUUAUUUGAGACUAUAUUUAACGUGUGGAAAACAUAAUUUGGCCUUUCUGUGAAACCAUGCUUGUAUAAGAGGAGGUGUCUUGGGACGCAAGGCGGACGGAACUGAAGUGAACUUGAGGACUUCAAAGUGGAAUAGCCUACAUUUGAUAUUUAUUUUUUUAAAUGAUGGCGAAAUGAUGCCUAUAAUUUAUGCAAGUUGUAUUGCAAAAAUGGGAAACUGACAUCGUCUGUUUGUUUUGUAAAUAUAUAUAUAUAUAUAAAUAUAUAUAUAUAUAAAUAUAUAUUAUGGACGGUUUUUAUUUGAGACGCAUUUGGGAAAAAGCUACACAAUCUUGUUAUCAGGAGUACUUUUACUAAUUUAUAUCUUUGAAUGUAAAUAAAAUAAAACGCGCUGGUAUAGCUGUACUGGCGGGGUAUGAUAUCCAUUAUUCAAAGGAGAAAAUAUUAAACUGUUUUCCCAACUAUUACAUAAA